UGUGUUACGUGCAAUCAGAGAUGUGCGAUGCAAAAACGUGCUGCAAAAACUCUAAUUUUUUUCUUGUGUGGCUCGUAUUUUUUGCGACGAACUUGUCUACGAUUACGGAAUAUUCCGUAAGACGAUGUAAUUUACAGCGAUGCAUGAUUGUGGAGAAUUAAAAGAAUAAUUCUCAGUCUUAAUUGGAAGCAAAACUUAGGCUCAAAGGAACUUACUUAAAGACGAAAGUCUUAUGUCAACCAAUCCAAAUUUUCUGCCAAAGCACGUGAUGCUGUUUUUAUUUAUUGUUACAAUAGCAAAAUCUAUUAUCUAUGUUUGAAAUUGGUUAGAAUGUAAACCUGUCAUUUUCGGAAAGUGGAUUUGUGAAGAAAAAAACCUGAUAAACUGCAAUGGCAGAUCACCAGGAUUACACCGAAAAUCGUAGAGUCAAAGAAUCUAGGGAGGGGGAUUAUUUAUUGAUAGACUUAGUGCGUCAAAAUCCCCACUUGUACGAUAAAGACUUGAAAGAUUUCAAGGACAUCGACAAAAGGGAACAUACAUGGCGAGAAAUCUCAGCCGUUGUGAAUUUAAACGUAAAUGAUUGUCAACAACGAUGGGUGAGACUCAGAGAAAAGUUUUCAAAGGAAAGAAGAGUGCAAGAAGAACUUGAACGAAGUGGAAAUAAAGAAUUCAAACUAAGCUCUUGGCCUUUUUAUGAUGAGCUUAGAUUCUUGGAACCAUUUAUUAAGAGAAGAAAAGUAUAUCACAAACCCAGGUACCCAGAACAAAAAGUGAACAGCUCUCUUAUUACACCAAAAGUACAUACUACAGUUUACAAUGCCCAACAAUUUACACCAAUAAAGCCAAUCCCAACAGCGACUGUCACUCAACCCGUAUUCAAGCAGGGAAAUUUGUCUUUCGUUCAAGUGCCAAAAACUGUAAUGGUACAACUUGUUGGAAACCAAAAUCAUGUAUCAGCUCAAAGCAAAACUGUUGAAUCUGUGAGUGGCGAGUCGUCGAUACCAAACAACGUCGAAGUUGUUUAUCAAAAUGAAGCGACUACCUCUUCUGAGAGUUCUUCCCUCAACUCGGAAAACAAUGAGACUUCCAGCAAAAGAAAAAAGAAGCGAAAGAGAAAGAGUGAUUGUAGUGCAGAAGACGCGAUCUCAAAUCUCUCAACUGUGAUUCAAAGGUAUCUCGAUACCUACAAAAAGGACGAAAAUCCUGACGAAAUAUUCGGAAAGCUGAUUGCGAGAGAAUUGGCAAACAGGCCCGAACCGGAAAAGUCAAAACUGAAAAGAAAUAUAAUGAAGAUUAUCUGGGAUGAGAGGGAUGAGAGUUAAUUUAGGAAUAAGCUUUUUGCCAUGCAAACUCAGGAAUUUUUCGAUUUUUAAGCUUUCGGCCUUAUUCCGAGGAGAAUUUUCGGAAAAAGGGUGAAAUUUGAGAAAAGAAAUUCAAUUAUAAAGUGUAUAUAUAUCCAUGUUUUAUUUUUAGAGUGAGGAAAUGGGGGAUGUUGGAAAUUCGAUAGAGAACUUGUGUAAAAUAGAAGAAAUAAAGUCAAAUGAAUAGUUUAAUGGAAUUUAA